CAGCACCCACUGCAGCGAGCACCUCAAGCAGCUCCACCGGAACUGCGGCGACUAAUCCUACACCACCCACUGUGGCGAGCACUCCAAGCAGCUCCACCGGAAAUGCGGCGACUAAUCCUACACGAAGAAUAGUGACGCAAAGGUAUCCGCUGAUCUGCACCGUGACAGACAACGUCAAUGAGAAUUCAACCUUGCCGGGAGAUGGCGUCUGCCAGUACAUAUUCUACGACUCCUUCUACAAGCAGGCGAACAGCAACAGCACUAUAACUACUUUUCUACAAAGCGACCUGUACAACUUGGUCAAAAGAGUAGCGUACACUGUAACUGAGGUGGGAGUGUCGCUAGAAUUCACCCCAGAAUUCUUCAAAAGUUUUAGUGAACCAGCAUUCGACAUUAGUAUACAAGACAUGAAAUCAAACGGAGUACACCACUUUGGUGUUCUAAACCUCCACGAAGAUGCAAGAUUCAUUCAGAACCUCAGAAACAUUUUCACCGUACUGCAGAGUAUUCAAGACAGAGUUUUAAGAAUUCAAAGACGUUUCACGACACGAACGCUUACAGCCCUGGGAGUCUCUAUCACUGAUCGUAAUCUUCAGUAUACCCUCAACACGACAAUGGACUUGUUCUCUAGCAAACCAGACAUCCUCGUGGCCAUAAGUCACCUGUACAAAAGCAUGGACGACUACCCUGGCUGCCUCAUAUCACCGCCCACGACCUACAAGUACCCGAGUGGAGUGCAUCGACCAUACAGCACAACCUUGCGCAAAGCGGGAGACUUAUUGACCUUUAUGAACGACUCCUACCGCGGCAUUAUGGCACUCUCAUUCACUCUAAAGGCACGCCGUUACGUUCCAAGUCAGCAGAAUUCAGCAGCAGACUACGAUUUCUUCAAACCUUGCACAAGUGGGAAUCAUUCGCAAGAUGUGCAUCUAGGCCAGGAAUGCAAUGCCUCAGCAGAUUUUCAAGCGAAUUACAAACACGACUCAACGCUUCUGUCUGCCAUGACGUUCAGUUUAACAAGUCACGUUGCAUUGACUUUUGACACUUCCACUACACUUGUAGAGAAGGCCUGUGACACAAAAGAGUACUUCUUGGGACUACCGAUCACACUAGCUGCCUACGAUGUAGACUACGACAAUUUCAUCACACCAUGUCCUAGUCUACACAUCAUGCAACCGUUUCAACGUGUUAAUGUCCUUGGCAAGCUUAGCAUCUACAUACGCAAUAAUUUCUACACUUAUGGGGCGAAAACAGAUUGCUAUAAUAUUGCGUGAAUACACUGAUUUCGCUAUAGGAACUCUGAUUAUGACGACAAUCAUUUAGUCGCCGUCACUACGGGCUGAAAACAUUUUCUAUAGUAUAAAUGUUGCAUGGUAUUGUUUCUUUAAAUAUUUGCUGGCAAACAUCUCCAUAACAUUCAUGCUGAGUCAUGCAAUAAAAAACUGACUUUGUUA